CAUUACUGCAGAUUCAAUUCUUUGUUGGUGGUCUGCUUAGUGUUCCCUGUGAGAGCUCUUAUUGAUAAACUUCAAGUCAUUCCAUUUGUCAGGGUCAAUGCAGAGGCACCGUGUCACGGGGUAGCCUAACUGUAUUUAAACACACGAGUAGAUUACAAGAACCUCAAGGGUUCUUCUCUUUUAGACUAGCGCUCUCCUCUUGUGCGAGUGAGUGACAGCACAGCAGAGAGGUAAGGAAGAGCACAACUACAACAUCACACGGAUUCAUCAUGAAAACUGACUGUAGGGUAGGAGCAAGGCUGCAUCCAUGAGAACAGGAACAUCUACAACGCUUGUGAUAAUACAAUCAAUGGGAUUAGCCCUCUGCUGCCCCCCUUGAGAACUACACCUUCUAGAAGGGAGUCAACAAAAUGGCUGUUUGCUCUGUGUGGUGUGAGAAGAGAGCUAAAAUUGAAUGACCGUUACGCGAAAGUAACGGAUUCUCUUUUUUGUUAAGUGAGGAAUGAAAAGGAGGUUCCUCAUCUUCUUGAAUUGUGAUGGAUCCGUAAAAUCACAGUGAAAUUGUGAAACAUUUUUUAUGGGUAUAUUCUGUGUUAGUCCAUUCUAAAAGAAAUACAUUUGAAAUAACUAUACUCCCUAAAACAUUGGUGUGGAUAUUCUUUUCAUCUCAUAUGUGCCAUGUAGAAAAAUAGAAAAAUCACUGUAAAACAAAGCGCAAACCUCUGAAGGUCACUCACGCGCUGGGUUAUUUACGUGAACACACACAAACACACACACACACACAGAAAGCCUCCGAACCAAAACAACACCUACACUAUAAAUGUUGUACAAACCACAAUGACACCUCGGCCUGUUGUCAAGCUUACACCAUUUUUCAGACUGUUGUUCAGAUGACUCCUCCUCCAGCGUUUGACCCCUCCCCCUCAGCCCCGCAGUUUUCACUCCGUCGCCCCUCCCCCUCCCCCCUGAAUGCUAAUGUUCCGCUCCCCGUUGUCCCUCGCACCACCGGUUGGCUCCGUGAGCUCGCUGGAACCCCGCUGCAGUUCAUCCAAGCAGUGGGGCUGCUGCUCUAUAAACUCACUUGCGCCCGUCCUACCAGACCAUCCGUCCAUACAGACCGACCGGUCACGUCCCGGGGCUGUUCAUGCCGCCCUCGCCGGCUCCAGCUACCGACUUCACCACAAGCGACGCUAGAGCGACUCUUAAAAAAAAAAAAAACUAGAAGCGACGGGAGCCAUCGUUGGUCAACGCGCAGAAUCCUUCGACCAACCGUUCUGUGGGGUUUUUUGUUGUCCACGAAAGUAGGAGGAGUCUAUUUGUAAGAGAAAGGGCAGUUGGUCGAGUCCGCGGAGGCACAAUUACUCAGCCGUUGGGGCAAAACUCACUCGUUUUCUGGUGAAUGCUGAAACCGGUGGACUUUAAUCAAAGGGAGAGCAAGGUGCUGUAGCGGGCGGAGGAAUUGAACAGCGGCAGGAGGAGGCGGCGCAGACGGUCUGCGAUAGAGCGACACUGAAAAUCGCGGGAACAUUACUUCGGCCACGCGAAGAGUCGGCGCAGCAAUGGAAGUUGUCAUGAGCGAGGAGAAGAAGAAGAUUUUUCGUGCCAGGAAAACCAUGAAGAUCAGCGACCGGCAGCAGCUGGAGACUCUUCACGGCGCUUUGUUGACAGCCGGUCCAGGUAUGUCGGACGCAUCGGCGACACCGCCUCUGUUAAACGGCACGCACAAAGAGGACGAGCUUAGAGCGGGGGACAAAGAGCAAAACAGUGCCUCGGACUCUAACUCCGGGGUGGCUUCCCCCUCCUCGCCAGCCCCUUUCCUGUCCCUCAAUCUGUCCCCGUCCCCGCCCUCUUCGCAUAGUCCUCUGGCUAAGGACGAAAUUCCGACUUCUCCCACGUCACCACUCCACUCGCCGAACUUUGAAAUGAAAAAGAUGGGCGAUGAGGAGGAAAUUGAGUUGAAAGAGAAGGGGAAGGAGAGGAAAGGCUCGCCAGUGUCUUCAUCAAAGGACUCAGUUACGCCAGCAUCAACAGACUUCAAGGAAAACCAGGAAAAAGAUUCUGAGGUGACCCCAAAGAUGGAAAAGAAAAAGGAGGACCAGAAGGCAAAGGAGGACGCAGGUGUAGAACUGUCAAAGAAUUCUGUCAAAGGUUCAACUCCAUGUUUGUCCGUAGCCGCUCCAGCGUCCGGCUGCACAGAACCAAUGGAUACCGAUAGUGACACUAAAAAGACCAAGAACCCUGCAGCCUCCUCAGCCAAAAUAAAAGAGGAAAAGCCUUUUUGCCCCAAAUCUACUACUGCAGAUGCCUCUCGCCCGGCGGCGUCUUCUAAGGAUAUAAAACAACAAAAGGAAACCGGAGAGGUCAAAAAGGAAGAGGAGGGGGAAAAGAAAGGAUCGACCCGUGAGGAAAAGAUGGAGCUGGACUCGACCAAAAAGGAAAAGACUGAAGUUCGACAAACAAAAAAGCCCUCUCGGCCAUCUUCUACUCCACCAGCUAAUACAGCACAGGAGGAGAAGGGCUCCACAUCGGGACUGAAGCGCACGUUAUCGGAGGGUUUUGAAAAAGACGGACAAACGGUGAAACGAGAGGGGAAAAGGCCCAAGGUGGAUUGCCAGGAGCUGGAGGCCCAGCUGGAGUUUAAAUUUACCGCCAAAGCCGGCAGUCACAACAAGCUUGAAAAGAUUGUGCAACAGCUGGUCGAUGAGCGGCUGAGGGUCCUGGAGCUGACCAUUUUCAAAAAAAAAUUCCAAGAGCUGAAGGACAGAGUAGACAAGAUCGACUGUGCCACUAAACACCAGACGGCCGUCACCACGCUCCAGGCCAAGAUAAACCGCCUCACAAAGAAGUUUGGAGAGGCCAAUCAGGCGUCGGAGAACAAACGGAAAGCGGACGCCCUCGCUGCUGCCACUGCCGCUGCCGCCACUGCUGCCACUGCCGCUGCUGCCACUGCCGCCGCUGCCAAGACCGUGCCUGUUGCUAACAGCCCUCAAGUUCAACGGCCAGUCCGUACUUCCAUGGAGCUAAAGCAGAUCGGCGGAAGCGUUUCCUCGUCCAGCGCACUCGCCAAUCCAGCCAUGCUGGCUCCGGUCUCGGGUCUGGCCCACGUGGCCUCGCCUAACGCCAUGGUCUCACAGGCCUCCAUCCUCCAGCUGAUCAGCACCACUUCGAACGCUGGUUCCAACCUGGCCACAGGCAUCACCACGCAGAGCCCCAUGGGCACGCUGGUGCUGAAGACGGCCAGUGGGGGCAACUUGAUGGCCGGGGGCCAGCCGCUUCUCAUCCAGCUGCCAUUGUCGAUGACUAACGGCCAGACGGGGACGCUGGUCAACAUCCCCAUGUCCUCGCUGUCCGCGGCUGGCUCGCUCGGCAAGGCCAAGACCACUUCCACCACGACGUUCAUACUCAAGCCGGCGCCCCCCAUCACCACCUCGCCGGCCUUGGCGCCGGCAGUCGCCACCGUUCCGACGCUCCAGCCUUCCGCCGCCCAGAUGGCGCCGGCCCAGAUCACUCUGGCCCGGGCAGUGUACCAGGGCGGGGCAGGGGGGAUAACCACGCCCAACGCGGGGGUAUCCGUGACCACGGCCAGGACGCCGGCUCAGUCCGUGUCCGUAGCGGGAGCUCUGUCAUCAGCCUCGUCACCGGCAACCUCCGGACCCGCAGCAACGGGUUCCACCGCUCCAGGACCCCCACAGGGGACGUCUCUGACGUCAAAGACAGACAACCAAGUGACAGAAUCCACUCCCUCCAAAGCAGCUGCUCCAGCAGUACGACCCAAAGGCUCCGUCAUCGACCUCACCGAGGACGACGACGACGUACUAGUGACGGGGGUGAAGAGCGCAACGGUCGUGGCUGCCUCCCCCACCCAGAGGCUGCACCCGGUCAUCAGCGUUCCCAACAGUGUGGCAGCAAGGUCGUCCCCGCAAAGCAAUCAGAGCGCCAGCAAUCCUCAAUUGACAAUCCACCACCGCCCCCCCCAGGAUUCUCUGAUAAAACCCCGGCCCGUUACCACCAGUACGCCGACCCGGAGCUCCAGCGUGGUGCUGCCCCCCCUCCCCGCUGCGCCCGUUCCCUCCCGACUCCCCCCUGAGGGCGAGCGGUCGUCGCCUCCCCAGCAGCCUCAGUUGAAGCUGGUGCCGAGCCAGACGGGCAUCGUGCUGUCCUGGUGCGUCGCCGAGACAGACCGCACCUGCGCCGCCGUGGACAGCUAUCACCUGUACGCCUUCCACCAAGACAACUCGAGCGGCAGCGCGGCGCAGCAGCACUGGAAGAAGAUCGGGGAGGUGAACGCCCUUCCGCUGCCCAUGGCCUGCACGCUGACCCAGUUCCAGUCCGGCUCCACCUAUCAUUUUGCCGUUCGAGCUAAAGACAUUUACGGCCGCUUUGGCUCCUUCUGCGAACCUCAGUGCACAAACGUGAUCAAUUCCAGCACCAGCUGAACCGUUUAAGGGGUGGAAAACCAGUUCUUUACAUUUAAAAGUUUACUUUACUCUUUUGUGUUAGAAAACUGAGUAUUGUGCAUUGAACUCAUACAGUAUCUGUAAAUAUAUCUCUGCAUAACAACUGGACUUGUGACUGAGCUGGAGAAUCGAAGAGCGGCACACGGUUUGAAUUCUCCUGUUACUGUACGUAUUGUAUUUUUUGUGACUCAUUAUGUUAUGUAUAUAAUUGGAUUAGUUUGACUCAAUCAAGUCAGAUAUUUAUGUUGGUCCCCUGUUACUCUGACCUGGAUGUAUUUUGCGUUUCUCCAGAUCAGGAGAGGAUCUGAAUUGCACAGAAAUGUAUAAAUGUGUGCUAGAAACUGAGUGAUAGCUUUUGUAAGUUUUGUCUGGAAACCAGACUUUGACAGAUACAAUAAAAAUGUCUUUUUUAAAAGUC